AUGGAGGAGACAAUGUUGACAACGCCGGGCGAAGAGAAGCCCCAGAAACAGCUGAGGUUCCGCGUGGCUUCGGGGAACAGCGGUCGGGUGCUGAAGGAGAUUUUUAAAGAUGAGGGGCCGUCAGACUCAUUGGAUUCAGACUGCACCAGUAGUUUGGAUGCGGACCGGACCAGUACGCCUUCCACAAGUGGAGAUACUAAUGGACAUGGGUUUCUGUAUGGGUUUCUGGGCUCCGAGUUGGAUUAUAGUGAGAGCGAGCCGGAUGAUCUGCUCAUGUACGCAGGGGCCUCAAAGGACAGAGCACCGAUCAGCCACAAGCGUGUCAACAUCCUCAGCAACAAUGGGACUGUGAGGGGAGUCAAGCACAAAGUCAGUGCAGGUCAGGCCUUAUUUGAAAACCUCCCUAAUGCAUUUGGGGUAAGUGAUCUAGGUGAAAGUAUGAUGAAUAUGUAUUGUACCUUUUCAGUGUUUUUUCAAAGUUCUCAUUUGUUUGCUAGUAGAUCACAGCAAAAUUGCAAAUGUUAAAUCAAUUCUAGUGUUAAUAUUGUCAAUUUUGUGUUAAUAUUGUCCCACACUACACAGAGUAAAUGUAACACUUUCAAAAGUGUUAAUAUUGUCCCACACUACACAGAGUAAAUGUAACACUGUCAAAAGUGUUAAUAUUGUCCCACACUACACAGAGAAAUGUAACACUUUCAAAAGUGUUAGCUUUUUAACACUUUCACAGAAUGUUGACUCAGUAAAUAGAUCAAAAUCAACAUGUCAACACUGGUUAUUGUUGCAUUCACUCUACACAGUGUUAGAAAAACAGCAGAGUACAUUUUUUACUUGAAUAGUUGACUACCUUUUAACAGUGUACGGUGUGGGCUUAAAUUACACUAUAAAUCUUACAGACUCCAUAUAAUAUAAUAAACAUGAUUUAAUAUUCUAAACAUUUGUCUGCAUAAAAUAUCAAAAGCUGCUUUAUAACCUAUAAAGUAUCUUUAUAACUGAGGGAAAACAGGUGCUGUUUAUAUCCUUGUCUCAUAUAAUAAAUUACAAGACAGAGAACAGAAUAGCAUACAUUCUAAUUACUAUACAAGAUAAACCAGGUUUAAAUAUCAAAAUAUACCGAUCACUCUCUCAAUAUUGUUUUUCUCUCAAAAGCCACUACUGGUAGAAAACGAUAAUGAAACAAGUCCUGCUGAAACUGAGGCUGGCCUAAUAUGGACACCAUAGACUGCUUAGUAUUAAUGACAUCACAUAACUUUUUGUCAUCUGCAUUACCAUAUGUAAUAUAUGUAAGAGGCCAGUAGCCCACCUCCUCCACAAUGUUACUGGCUGACGUCUGGUUACAGGUAGUCACUCUCAGGCCCUGCACAAAUGAACACAAAGGAGGACAAGGUCACUUGGGAAUUAAUUAUGCAUUUCGUUAAAUGUUUCAAGAGAAGCUAAUCAGGUUAAUUAAUUGUCUAAACUUUGCUUUCUAGCAUUUUCUGUGUAAAGAGGUAAUGAGCAGUAAGCAUCGUUAAAUAACCUGCAUUAAAGCACAAUAUGGGAAUUAUAUGAGACACCUAGAGCAGGAUUUGGUGGUAAUGGAAUGAGGCGUGUGAAAAGAGUGCAUAGUGUUGCCAGCCAGGCGUAGAGAGGGAUUACCUGUUUGGUUCCUCAGGGCUGUAGUAGAUACACAACACUGUCUGCAGGAUAAGGUGUGCUGAAUACUGUAUGCAGAGGAGGUUUGUGGGAGGAGCAAUAGGAGGACAGGCUCAUUGUAAUGGAAUCAAUGGAACAGUGUUUCCAUAUGUUUUAAUUGGAAAUUUUUAAACCCUUUUUCUCCCCAAUUGGUAGUUACAGUCUUGUCCCAUCGCUGCAACUCCCGUACGGACUCCAGAGAGGCGAAGGUCAAGAGCCAUGCAUCCUCUGAAACACAACCCUGCCAAGCCGCACUGCUUCUUGACACACUGCUCACUUAACCCGGAAGCCAGCCGCACCAAUGUGUUGGAGGAAACACCAUACAACUGGCGACCGUGUCAGCGUGCAUGGGCGAGCGCGAUGGGACAAGGACAUCCCGGCCGGCCAAAUCCUCCCCUAACCCGGAAGAUGCUGGGCCAAUUGUGUGCCGCCUCUUGGGUCUCCCGGUCGCGGCCGGCUGCGACACAGCCCGGGAUCGAACCCGGGUCUGUAGUGACGCCUCAAGCACUGCGAUGCAGUGCCUUAGACCGCUGCGGCACUAGGGAGGCCCGGGAUUUCCAUAUGUUUUUGACGUGUUUAAUAACGUUCCAUUCCAUUCCAGCCAUUACAAUGAGCCCGUCCUCCUAUAGCUCCUCCCACCUGCCUCCUCUGAUGGGCUGUAGUGUUACAGACUAGAUAGUUCAAUUGCUGUAGCAAACAAACAAACAAAGAGGAAUCAACAUUUUGAAAGAAGUUACUAGAUGAAUACAUUUCCACAGUCAAAGUUGAAUUUCACAUUAAACAGAGAGGAUUUUGUUGACUCUGAUUUUCUAGUCAAAUGGUACUUUUCCCUCGAUGUUUGCCAAAUUGGAAAUGUGAUCUGGCCAUUGUUACGAUUGUAAAGUGUGAACUUUAGGGGCCAGUUUUCUGGACACAGAUUUAGUCUCAAAGGUAUUUCAAGAGAUAAACCAUUUAUUUUUCAUCCAUUACUAGGUUUAUUAACCUGUGUCUGGGAAACAGGCUCACAAUAUGCUGUCCUUCAAAAGGCUGCACUAUGGUGUUUUCAAACUACUGUGUGAAAAUAAAGGAAAUGAAAAGAAAGAAAGAAAGCUACAAAAAAGGCUAAAUAUGCCUGAUAUAUAGAAUUAAAGCUCUGUCAUUUUACAGUAUAUGAAAACUUGAAUUUGAGGGAUUGAAACAUUGCAAUACUACAAGAUGUCUGUAUCUAAAAUACAAAGAUUAAAGAAUAUAUCAGGUACUGUACAGUGAGCUUCAAAAGUAUUGGAAAAGGGACAAUUAUUUUGUUGUUUUGGCUCUGUACUCCAGCACUUUGGAUUAGAAAUGAUACAAUGACUAUGAGGUUAAAGUGCAGAGCUUUAAUUUUAGGGUAUUUUCAUCCAUAUUGGGUGAACUGUUUAGAAAUUUCAGCACCAGAACCUCCCCUGUUCUUGAAAUGGUGUGAGGAGGUUAGCAUGUCUUGGAUGUAUGAUAUUUGUGCAUCUGUAACUUUCUCACUAAUCAUUAUUCACAAUUCAUUCAGGAUUAUCCGUAAUCAUGGUAGCGUCCACAUUAAUGUUGAAGUGUUUAGAAAAUAUAUUAUAUUCUUAUUUACAAUAAAGGUGACUUCAAAAUGGCACAUUUCAUUAUUUACCAUUCAUUUCUAUUGGGUACAAAAUAAUCUGAAACACAACCAAAACAAACAGCAAAUGCAUCCAACAAGUUUGUAAAGUCACAAGCUUGAUGUAGUCAUUGCGUGAUAUAAAUAUGGGACCAAAUACAUCUGCACACAGUCUUGUAUCAUUUCAAAUCUAAAGUGUUGGAAUACAGAGCCAAAACAAAAAUAAAUGUGUCACUGUCCCAAUACUUUUGGAGCUCACUGUAUAUACAGGUAACUGCCAAAACAAUGGAAACGCUUGAGUAAAUGAGGGAUACAAAGUACAUUGAAAGCAGGUGCUUCCACACAGGUGUGGUUCCUGAAUUAAUCAAGCAAUAACAUCCCAUCAUACUUAGGGUCAUGUAUACAAAUGCUGGUCAGGCCAUUAUUUUUGCCAUUAUUUUGGCUACCAUGGCUAUGCCCCCAUAGAAUGACAAUGCCCCCAUCCACAGGGCAGAGUCGUCACUGAAUGGUUUGAUGAGCAUGAAAACGAUGUAAACCAUAUGCCAUGGCCGUCUCAGUCACCAGAUCUCAACCCAAUUGAACACUUACGGGAGAUUCUGGAGCGGGGCCUGAGACAGCGUUUACCAACACCAUUAACACAAUACCAAAUUAUGGAAUUUGGUUAUUUGGUUAUCGCAUCCCUCCAAUAGAGUUCCAGACACUUGUAGAAUAUAUGUCAAGGUGAAUUGGAGCUGUUCUGGUGGCCCAAUGCCCUAUUAAGACUUUAUGUUGGUGUUUAUUUAUUUUGGCAGUUACCUGUUUAUAGAUGGUUAAUCACAUACAGCAUCUCAUUGAAUUUCUGUGUGUUUUCCUUUCUAGCCGAGGUUGACACUAGAGUUUGGGCAGAUAGUGAUCUACACCACCAGCUUUCGGGUAGUAAGGGCCACGUUUGAGCGGUGUGAGUUGGUCCGGAAGAUCUUCUCCAACCAUAGGGUCAAGUUCCUGGAAAAGAACAUAGCCCUGGAUUGUGAGUACGGGAAGGACCUGGAGGAACGAUGCAAGCGUGUGGGCGAACCUCCCUCGCUACCAGUCGUGUUCAUCGAUGGACACUAUCUCGGGGUCAGUGCUUUCACAUACAGUUCAUUUUACAAUUCCUGGGCCUGUAUUCAUGAACAGUCUCAGACUAGGAGUGCUGAUUUAGAAUCAGUGUGGCAUUUUAUAUCAUAACGAAUAAGAUUACAUGGACAGAGGGGCCUGAUACAGCACUCCUACUCUUAAACGCUUUAUGAAUACUGUUGACGUUUGAAAUUACUAACGUCCUAUUGUGAAACAUUAUAGCUUGUAUUAACCUUCAUCAAAAUAUAUAAUCCAUCUUGAACCUAUCAAAGUGUUAUGACCAUAAAGCUAUGAAAUAAUCAAAGGUUUAGUAAGGAUACGAGGAAUCUUACACUGUGAUAAUAACUUUGCAGGGUGCUGAAAAAAUAUUGGGAAUGAAUGAAUCAGGAGAACUUCAGGAUCUUCUGGCCAAAAUUGAGGUAAUUUUUCAUCAAGUACCUCCAAGCAACAGAUAUAAUAUGUUCAGUAAUAACACCGGUAACUGCACAGUUAUUAACUAGUUCAAUGUCAUGUUUCAACUGAUGCAUCUGAGCCCAAACAAACAUCAAUGAAACACAGGCUAGCACAAUAGCACUUCUAUACCACAUUGGCUACUCAUCUACAGUGACAAAAUACCAGUUCUAUGUAUCUGUGAUCU